AUGGCGGCGGCGCUGGCGGGCGGGUCGCUGGGCCGGGUCGCUGCGCGGCUCCCGCCGGCCCGGGGCCGGUUCCGGGGCUGCCUGGCCGGGGCGCUGCUCGGGGACUGCCUGGGCGCCCCCUUCGAGGGCAGGGACGUGGUGGCGCUGCCCGAGCUGCUGCGCUACCUCCGCGGGCUGGAGCCGCCGGGCCGGGCCGGGGGCAGCGGCGAGGAGGCGGAUGGCAAAGAAACGCUCUGCUACACAGAUGACACAGCCAUGGCCAGGUGUGUGGUGCGGUCCCUGCUAGCCAAGGGAGAGUUUGAUCAAGUUGAUAUGGCCAGGAGAUUUGCUGAGGAGCACAAGAAGGAGCCGGAUCGUGGCUAUGGGAUGGCAGUCGUCAAAGUGUUCAAGAAACUUCUGAGCCCCAAGUGCAGUGAUGUGUUUGAGCCAGCCCGAGUGCAGUUUAACGGGAAAGGCUCCUACGGGAACGGUGGUGCUAUGAGGGUAGCAGGCGUUUCGCUGAUUUACCCUGAGGUUCAGGAUGUGAAGAAGUUUGCGAAGCUCAGUGCUGAGUUGACUCAUGCCAACUCACUUGGCUAUAACGGAGCCAUCCUGCAGGCGCUGGCAGUGCACCUCGCCCUGCAGGGAGAGCUCAGUCGGGAAAACUUCCUGGAGCAGCUGAUCGGCCACAUGGAGGAUGUGGAGGCAGAUGAUAAAUCUUUGGCUGAUGCGCGAGCGAUGGGUUUUGAAGAAUUACCAUUUUCAAGGCGUCUUAAGAAGAUCAAGGAAUUUUUGGAGCUUAGCACUGUUCCAAAGUCAGAUGUAUUGCUUGAGUUAGGCAAUGGCAUUGCUGCUCUGGAGUCUGUCCCCACUGCGAUUUACUCCUUCUUGCGCUCCAUGAAAUCCGAUCCAGAUAUUCCCGAUCACUACAACAACCUACAGAGGGUCAUCAUCUACUGUAUCUCGCUGGGUGGAGACACAGAUACCAUAGCUACCAUGGCUGGAGCCAUUGCAGGAGCUUAUUAUGGGGAGGAGCAGGUACCCCCAUGCUGGGAGCAGAGCUGCGAAGCUUUUCAAGAGACAGAGAUGCUGGCAAAUAGCUUGCACGAACUCUACUGCCAACGACUUUGAGCCACAGAAGUGGUGUCUUGUGCCAAGGUUAAAGCAAGUGGCUACCUCUGCCUCAUUGAUCAGAUCCAUAGCAAAUGGGUCCACCUUGUCUUUAAUGAUCUGUAACCCGUCCAAGCCCAGAAUGGCACUUGCUGUCAUGUGUCGCAUGGUAGAAGUGAGACUUGGACCUUGUUUUUCUGUUACAAUUGAUCUGGAGUGUGCUUGCACAGAGAGCUUUGGACGAUGGAAUCUGUUGUCCCACCAAAGGACAGAGGCAAUAUCUGGUUUCUGAUGAGAUUUCUUCUUCUUACCAAGGCGCCUCCUCCUGUCAGUGUCUCGUUCUGUCAUACGACUUGUCCAAGCUUCAAGUGGGGUCUAAAUCCAGGAACCAGCUUCCUGUCAUCUGUUUCCAGAUUCCACAGACUUCCAUUCAGAUGUUCACAGCCUAACCUUCAGGAAGCACUUGGGUUGCGCCAUACCCAUAUUGCAAUUCUUUUGUCGUCUUUGCUCUCUGCAUUACACCUGUGCCUGACUCCUUAAACUUUCCAUUGCCUUAUGCACCAGACUGCGACCUUCCAGAAUGCUGGUGGUGUUCUGGUUACUCUCUCUCCUCCCACUGCCUAAUCUAUGCUGUGCUAUCCUUGCACCCCAUUCUGCACACCUGGUGUCCAAUGUAUGUGGCAAGGUCACUAGUAAACCAGUGGGAAGAGAUGUAGUAAAACCUAGUGGUACCUUAGGCCCAAAUCUUGGUCCCACUGAAGUCAGUGACAUAAAUCCAAUUGACUUCAGCGGGAACAGGAUGCAACUUUAAUUGCUUUCAACCUCUGCACCUGCUUGGGAUUGUCUAAAAGUGGACAGGAGGACGGUUUCAGUUGAGAAUUCACUUCUGUUAAGAAAGGGCUCGUGCUAGGAGACCGUGCAAAUGGUAGAAGAUGUAUUAGAAAACAGUGUUCUGCAGUGGAAUGUUUAAAAACGUGCCCAGUCAAGCAGGCAGAGAGGAAAUAAGCUGAGUCUGUAUGCAAGCUGAAUUGUGUAAAUAAUGUGUUUUGAAAUGUCUAUAGUAAUUACAGAAAACAAAGAAAUAAAAACCAUUGUGUUUGCAGGCAGCUAUCGUAUGGAAAUGGGUAUAAAUCCGACUAUUCCAAAGAUUUUACUAAAACUGGGAAGUGAACACAUUACUAAUAGGGGGCUUAUUUCCUGCUGAUGUCAGAAGAAAGUUAUUGUGUGUACAUAUGAACAAUCUGGUUGUAAUUGGGUUAUUCCUCACCUUUCCUGUACUUUGCUUCCCUAGAGUACCAGUCUAUUGCAUGAAGCUUUAAUGGAUUUUCUGUGUAUACACAUGACUAUUUGUCCUAUAAAUAUGUGGAAUUA